UCGGGAGCCGCGCUGGUGGCGCGGCGGAUGAAAGGGGGCCCGGCAGCGCCCGGAGCGCGGGCGCUCUGACGGGCCGCAGGGCCCCGCUCCGCCCAUGGCCUCCUUGCUGGAGGACCCCGUCCUGAUCCGGCCUUUCCGAGGCCACUUGGCGGCGGUGACGGGCGUCGCCUUCAACGCGGACGCGGCGGGGCUGGCUACCUGCUCUUUGGAUAGGUUUCUUAUGGUGUGGAAGCUGCAGGCACGAUGCAGAGCUUACAGAUUUGUAGGCCAUGUGGAAGCGGUCACCAGUGUAGAGUUCUCACCAGAUGGGCAGCUACUGGCUUCAUCUUCUCAAGAUCAUACUGUCAGACUGUGGAUUCCUUGCAUUCAUGGAGAAUCAUCAGUAUUGAAAGGUCAUACAGCAUCUGUUCGUAGUGUGAGCUUCUCCCAUGAUGGCUGCUCUCUAGUUUCAGCAUCCAAUGAUAAAUCAAUAAAAAUAUGGAGUGUUUGCAGUCAGCGCCUUUUGUUUACCCUAUUCCAACACACUCAUUGGGUUCUCUGUGCCAAAUUUUCACCUGACGGAAGAAUAAUAGCAUCUUGCAGUGAGGAUAAAACUGUUAAGAUCUGGGAUACAAGAAAUAAAAAUUGCAUUAAUAGCUUCUCAGAUUAUGAAGGAUUUGUAAAUUUUGUGGAUUUCAACCCAAGUGGAACGUGUAUAGUUUCUGCAGGUUCCAAUCAUACAGUAAAACUGUGGGAUAUUCGAAUAAACAAGCUACUGCAGCAUUUCAAAGUUCACAGAGCAGGGGUUAAUUGUGUAUCAUUCCAUCCUUCUGGUAACUACCUCAUCACUGCUUCUACUGAUGGUACCCUUAAGAUUCUGGACCUCUUAGAAGAAAGACUUAUUUACACUCUCCAUGGACACAAGGGACCUGUACUUUCUGUGGCUUUCUCAAAAGGUGGUGAAAAAUUUGCCUCAGGUGGAGCAGAUGCUCAGGUAUUACUAUGGAAAACCAACUUUGAUUCUUUUGAUUACAAAGAAGUUCUUAAACACAAUUUUAGAAGAACACAUAUUGAUGAGUCUCCUCAUCUACUUGAUAUUUACCCGAGAUCACCUCAUCUCCACGAUGGAAAACUUCAGUCAGUUGAGGUUGACCCUACAUGUGAUGUAACUGAUACACAAACACCUGACCCACCUGUCAUAGAGAUUAGAACCUCUUCAUCUCUCAGGACUCUGAUAUUUGGGAUGGCAGCAAGAUCUCCAUGUAUCCUUUCUUCCUUGAGGCUGAACAAACCUGGUUAUCUGCCUCUGCUUAUAUAUCAUGUGUUCCAGCCCCUUCACCAUCUUGUUCAACCUCCACUGGACUUGCUCCAGGAUGUCAGUGUCUAUCUGGGAUGAAGAAGACCCAAGCAGGACACACAACUCCAUACAUUUAAGGCUGAUGGCAAAACUGGAGAGCUACACCGGCCCCCUGCUUCAGUCUCAGCAAGAAGUUCAAAAAGGAAAUCAGAGAAUGAGAGCAGAUCAGCUGUGCGUAAUGA